CGGAGCUACAGAGGGGAGGGGGCGGCUGAUGUCAGACAGAGCCCGGAGCAGGGUCCCCGCCGGCCGGCGGAGCGCUGCGCAGGGGUGCCGGGCCCGACCACCGCGGCCGGGGGGCGCUGCGGGGCGGGGUGCGGGCUCCCCCCGCCGGGCAGGUGGUACGCUCCGGACCCGGCUCUCCAGCCUCCUCCCGCAUCCUCAGCAUCCUGCAUUCUCGGGUACCGGCCGUCAGCGCAGGGCCGGCGCCGCGGGAACCAAGCCACCCCAGCGACCUCCAUCUGAGCCCCGGGGCCUCCCUGGACGGUGGCCGGCCCUCCCCGAGGCGGCUCCCUGCAGGGUGGCACUACUGAGGCACGGCUAGGGGCCCCGGGACCCAGCGCCCCAGGUGCAGCUGCCGCCGCGCCCGCCGCCCAUCCUUCAGGAUGAAGGGCGAGACGCCCGUGAAUAGCACUAUGAGCAUCGGGCAGGCACGCAAGAUGGUGGAGCAGCUGAAGAUCGAGGCCAGCCUGUGCCGGAUAAAGGUGUCCAAGGCUGCAGCGGACCUGAUGACGUACUGUGACGCCCACGCCUGUGAGGACCCGCUCAUCACGCCGGUGCCUACCUCCGAGAACCCCUUCCGCGAGAAGAAGUUCUUCUGCGCGCUGCUGUGACCCCGCCCCCGGCCCCGCCCCCCGCCU